GACCAAGAACGCUUCAAUUUUUUCCUCGGUUUGAUCACCCUGCCCCUAUCUAUUAUCCACCCAGUCCACUGGCCUAUCCCUAUCCUUAUAUAUCGAUUGAUUUUUCACCUACCUACUUCUUACUUCAUGAAUCCCUGGGCCCCCCAAAACUCUGCAAGCACCCUCACAGCUGAGCAGCAACAGUUGGUCGAUGCAGCUGUGCGGGCUCGAACGAGUCACGUUGAGGAUUUGGUGACCCAGCUUACCGAACAGGUCAACAACUUGAAAUCCUCUGCGAAUACCGCUAGCUCCCAACCCCAAAACCAACGCAAACCAGCCAAAAAAGCCUCCGACAAACAACCCGCUGUCAAAAUCAAAGUCCGAAUGAGCGACCAAAGUUCCAGCAACCACAAGAAUUCCUCCGCAGCACCACCAAAAGCUCCGGCAAAUUUGACGCCCCAACGACCAGCUCGCGCAGCCUCAGUUCCCCUAGAAGUCGGAAAACCUAAGGCAAGCACCUCCAAGAAGUCCAAGGCCGUGAAACAGCCAUCCCCCAAACGUCACCCUCAACAAAUGCAAACGACUGAUGUUCCCUUGGAAUUUGCAUCAACGAAGAAUGCUCUGUUUGUCCACAUCAAGAUACUCUGGGGUUUAUUGAAGCAAGACUCGGUACCUCAAGCCCCUGAAUUACGAAACCUUCAAGAGUUCUACAACCGCUUCUCAAAUGGUCAAGAGGUCGAACAAGCAGCCCAGGCCUCUACAUCGCCUGCCCUCAUCAACACCGACGAAGUCCAGCUCUUCAAAGACGCCACCACAGGUUCGAUCAAAUACGGUAGAUCAGUCAUUCACCUGGGCUCCAACAACGUUCGCUAUGCUCAAGGCCUCAUGGUUCGUCUUGGGCUACGCACUUGGUGCCCUAACCUUGACGAGGAUUCUGCAUCGCUUUACAAUGCAGCCCACCGUAUUGCCGCCAUCACCACUUUUCAAGAGCUUGUCGCAGGUCAAGCCUACAAGUACAUGAAUGUCAAUGCCAAAAUGGCUUCCCAAACGUCCUACUUAAUCCAAGCCUACAACCACUUUGUGCACUUCAUCCAACACACGAAAUAUCACAAGGAAAAAAAACAAGAAGGAAAGAAUGCUCAAGAUGCCAGCAACAAGCGAGUCUCUAAAAAUCGGGAGAGACUACGAGAUGCUCGAAAGGAGUUUGCAAUCCUCAACAAAUUUCCACCGCGCUAUGUGCACAUUCUUUCGCAAAUUGGGGCUCACAGCGAUGACGAACAUGACGAAAAAGCCAACAUUUACAAGAUCAAAACCCUUCCCUAUCGCUCUAAGAAUGCCAGUAAAUUUAUUCGGGCCUUGGACAUUGUAAUGAAGAAUGCAGCCGAGCAAGAUCCAUCAUCCUACCGAAAAAGACGAGUCCGCAAGUUACCCCGACAACCUGUCAUGUCUACUUUCACCGCUGCUCCAAAAGGUCUUCCCAUCGACUUCUACGACCCAUCUUGGUACCACAAAUUAGUGCCUGCUCAACAGAAGACUAUCCCGAAUACGCAAGCGGUUGCAUUUCUUCCGGAUGCCAGUCAAUCCCUUCUACCAAAGAAGCAACGGCACCCAGACGAGAAGCUCACUGACUCCUCAUUCACCCGCAAGUACUGGGACAUAGUUGUUGAGCCAUAUGGGCUCCUCGGAGAUGAAAGCUCGGAUGAAUCGGACGACGAAGAGGAAGCUCAAGGAAUGCAGAGCGCCGCUGCAAACGAUUCCGAAGGUGAGGGUCACAACUUGGACGAUGAAAGCCCAGAUGAGUCUCCAGAUGAGUAUUUUGAGGAGGGUGAUGCUGGCGACCUGUACGACGAUGAUAUCGAAGAUGACGAGGAAGGCGAUGAUGAAGAGGAAUACAACAUCAAUGAUGAAGAUGAUGAAGAAGACGAGCAAUAUAGCGAUACUCAUGAGAAUACAGACGAUGUACACAUGAAAGAUCGAUCCCAUGGUGUUGAUGCGAGAACCCUUGCCAUCAUGGAGGAGGAGGAGGAUGGCUGGUGAGGAAGCAACAAAUAAGAAGGCCGCCCGAUCAUGUCUCUUGCCAAACCUGUUUCAAACAAAGUCGACCUCAAUUCUUAUCAACAUUAAACCGACUCAAAAAAAAUGUUAUUCCCUCUCUGAAAUUUCAAUAGCCAGCCAACUCGACUCGUAUAUUUUUUGUCCUCUUCUGAAA